CUAAAAUGAAAGCAAUAAAUACACUUUCAUCGACAUGUUAUUUUGUUUUAUCAUUUUAAAUGAAAUUAUUUUUAUCCCAAAAUGGCCAGGUUCGAAAUUGUUGAAUGGGAAAGUCAUUUUCCAAUUUUCGUUACGUUGAUUGGGACGACCAGCAUUCACCACGCCAUAUGCUUAUGCUGCUCCAUUCUGGUAAACUACUUCUAACUUGGAAUUGGGGUAGAAAAUAGACGAAAUCCAAAGAUGCUCACCGGUGCACUCCAUCAUCAAAUCAUCUUUGAUUCCCUAAUUAAAAAGCAACCGCGUCCGACGUCCUCCUAAUUCCACGUCUUCGCCGUCCUCCACUCUUACCUUGCCUCUCUCGAAUUUCUCAGUUCAAGCAGGAAACCCCACUUCUCAUUACAACUCCUCUGCAUCGAUUUUUGAUUCGUCAGUCCCUUGGAGCGUAAGUUUUGACACCGUGCUGCGUAGUUUUGAUUGAUAAUGAGGAAGAUUCCGCCGAUUUGAUGUUCGAUGUGUGUUUUUGUGCAUUAUUGAAAUUGGGUUUUGUCUCUAGUCUAUAUGAUCAGUACUUAAAACACGGUUAUGGUGGCCUUUGCAUUGUUUGUGGGGUUCGUUGUUGGGGCAUUAGCUGUAAUCGGUGUUGAAGUUGUGGGAGUUUUGUUCUUGAUACACAAAUUGGGUAGAAAAACGAAGGAAGAUGCUGUUAAGGUCGCCGAAUCCGGAUCCUCUGAAAGAGAGGAACCCCAGUUUUCAUUUCCUGAUAAACAGGGUUGGGUUUGGAUUUUAGAAAAGGAAAAGAUCCCAAAGACUUUACCAUCAUUUGAUAAAGGAUCACGUUCACAAAAACGUAAAAAUGAGAUUGUGGAGGUUUCACCUGUGCGGAAGCAAGCAAGCAUCAAGGAUCUAUCACUCAUCCUUAUAGAACCAGAUGACACCCUCACGAAGAUUCCUCUUUCAGGCUGCACUGUAGAAGCCGUUUCUGCUACAAAUUUACCCACCAGAAAGUGGGCCAAAAAAUACCCUGUCAGAGUGGAAAACAAGUCAUCAGUACUAUACCAUGGAAGCAAGCUAUUCUACUUAUAUUUCGAGACAUCUUCUGAAAAGGAAUCAUGGUGUAAAGCCCUCAGACUUGCUUCAUGUGAUGACAAAGAGAAACUCAAAUGGUUUCACAAAUCGCUUUCAGACUUUCACAGUUACUUAGGAUCCAUAAAUGUUGAAUAUCCUUCAUUUCUAAAACCCUCCAUAGGUUUUAAUCCAGAAACAGGCGAUAAAACAGUCAAGAUAGAAACUUCAUCAUCAAAAUUUCGCCACUUAUUAAAAAAAUUUGCCAAAAAGACUUCUAAAGCUGGUAGAGAAGAUAAAAAAGAAAAAUCUAAUACAGUGCAAGAGUCGAGUUCAGUUGGUAGCUCUUCAAAACACUUUCAAACACAAAAGAAACCGAAUCAUUCCGCUGAAGAGGAAAUUGUUCAAGCAUUAUUAACACCAAGAUCUGAUACAGAUUCUACUUAUUCUAUUAAUAAAAUAGCUAGUGAUGAUGGAACAUUAUGUUGCAAUUUGCUAAUAUCACGGUUAUUUUUUGAUGCCAAAAGCAAUGCAGAUUUGAAGAGCUCUAUACAAGCACGAAUUCAGAGGACACUCUCUACUAUAAGGACCCCGAGUUACAUAGGGGAGAUAGUUUGCACAGGGGUAAAUCCUGGAAAUAUCCCGCCAUAUAUUCAUGGUAUGCGGGUCCUACCAUCAGAUUUGAAGGAAGUGGUUGCCAUGGAGAUUGAUAUUGAAUAUUAUGGUGGGGCAGUUUUGGAUAUUGAAACAAGGCUUGAAGUACAAGAGCUUGAAAAUCCAGAAACUAUGAAUUCAGAUUCCAAAUCUGUUAAGGAUGUCACUUCUGAUCUUCUAGAAGGUGUUGGGUACUAUGAAGAACAGUUGAAGCUUAAUCAACACAAGGGUGAUGAAAUACGCAAAUUGGAAGAGGUAAAAAGUUUUAAGGGAGAUGAACAAGCAUCUUCAAGUUCUGCUGUAUCCAAGUGGAAAUCUGUGUUAAAUUCUGUUGCGAAACAAGUGUCUCAGGUGCCUCUUUCAAUGGCAAUACGGGUAACAACUCUUAGAGGAACAUUAAGGGUGCAUAUAAAACCUCCUCCUUCAGAUCAAUUGUGGUUUGGUUUUACAUCAAUGCCUGAUAUAGAAUUUAGUUUGGAGUCUUCUGUUGGGGAUCACAAGAUUACAAGUGGACAUAUUGCAUUGUUCAUAAUCGGUAAAUUUAAGACAGCUAUUCGUGAAACCAUGGUACUCCCUAACUCUGAAAGUGUAACCAUUCCCUUUAUGUUAGCCGAAAAGAACGACUGGAUCCCACAAAAAGCCGCCCCUUUUAUAUUUGCCAAUCCUGAAUCCACCACCAACUCCACCACCACAACCACCACCACCACCACCAACACCACCACCACCACCACCACUACCACUACCACCACCACUACCGAACCCACUAUUGUACACGAACCUCAUCCCUGCCAACCUUCCCAAGAACCUCAUCCACAAGAACCACAAGAUGUCCAUAACACUAGCAAUCGUAGCUUAGAAAGCGUAUCUGAAACUGAUGAUCAACACUUGGGAGAAAAUGAAGAUCCUGUCACUGUAGAUGAGAAAACUCCAUUGUUGGAAAGUGAGGAACAUGGACAAGAAGAGGCGGAUCUUACUGUGUCACUCCGGUCGGUUGAUGAGAAGAGGGAAGUUAAAUUGCCAAGCUGGCAACUCCACCCAUUGCCACCUCAGCCAGUGGUGGUGACGAGUGAAGAAAGUAAUGACAUGGCGGAAGGGGAGGAUGCGAGGUUAAGAAGAAUGGGAACCCAAGGCCAAGAUGUUGGGGUUAAGGAAAAAGAUGGGGGAGAAACUUGA